CAUGCUCGCACAGACCUCCAGGCUCCACUGGGGCAGCCUCUGGACUGGUCCCCAACGUUGAUGGGGAACCGCAGCUGCCCUCCCCCUCCCGCCCCCACGGGUGCCUUCCUCCUUCCUCUUUCUACUACUGCCCUGCCAUUUCCCAGGCGGCUUCCUUAUAGGUCUCAGGUUCCCCUCGGAGGCUUUGAGGUCUGGGCUUCUCUGGAGGACAUGGCUUGGGGCCCUGACAACGUGCGGAAAUGGUCAACCCUGGCGCUGCUGGCCAUCAUGGGCACAGCUCUGACAGCGGCCGUCAACCCUGGCUUCGUGGCCAUAAUCUACCAGGAGGGUCUGAACUUCGCAUGCCGGGAGGCUGUGGCCGUGCUGCAGAAGGAGCUACAAACCAUCAAAGUCCCCGACUUCUCCGGAGUCUUUAAGAUAAAGCACCUGGGAAGAGGUUACUAUGACUUCUACAGUAUGGCUGUGGAUGGAUUUCAUAUUCCUAAUCCCCAGAUCAGUUCGCUGCCCACUGAUGGCCUCCAGCUGUCCAUCCAGAACGCCGACAUCAAGAUCAGCGGAAAAUGGAAAUCAAGGAAGAACUUCCUCAAAGCCAGUGGCAAGUUUGACCUGGAUGUUCAAGGUGUCUCCAUCUCCGCUGACCUGAGGCUGGGCAGGAACCCCUCAGGCCACAUCACCGUCCAGUGCUCUGCCUGCAACAGUCACAUUGACAGCGUCCAUGUCAAAAUCUCAGGCAGCAUGCUGGGGUGGCUGAUCCAGCUAUUCCACAAGAAUAUCGAGACUUCCCUGAGAAACACCAUUUAUCAGAAGAUCUGCACGAUCGUGAUCAACUCUGUGUCCACAAAGCUGCAGCCUUAUGUCCAGACUCUUCCAGUGAUAGCGAGAGUGGAUGAAAUGGUCGCGAUUGACUACAGUCUACUGACUGUGACAACCACACCUGAGCUCCUGGAGGGGCAGCUAAAGGGGGAAUUUUUCUGGCGGGGACACCGCAGCCCACUUCCUAUCAUCCCACCAGCAAUGAAUUUUUCCCCCAACAAUAACCGCAUGUUGCACCUGGUCAUCUCCGACUACUUCUUUAACACCGCAGGAUUUGCAUAUCAUGAGUCUGGAAUCUUGAAAAUAACUCUGAGGGACCAAAUGUUGCCAAAGGAUUCCAAAUUCCGACUGAACACUGAGUUCCUGGGGACCUUCCUGCCCAAGGUGGCCAUGAUGUUCCCCAGCACAGAGGUACAGCUAGUGAUCUCCACCUUCUCGCCUCCACGCCUGAGCAUACAGCCCUCAGGCCUCUUGCUCGACCUUGCCAUGAAGACCCAGGCCUUCUCGGUGCUUGCCAACUCCUCCCUGGUUCCUCUUUUUCUGCUUCACAUAAACACAAACGCCUCUUUGGAAGUGGACUUUGAAGCAAACAGACUUGUUGGAGAGAUGAAGCUAGAAAAGCUGAUGCUGGAACUGAAGCAAUCUGACUUUGGCUCCUUUAAGGUGGAGUUGAUGGAGGCUGCUAUAAACUACCUCAUGCCCAAGAUGGUGCUGCCCAGGAUCAAUGAGAGGCUGCGCAGAGGCUUCCCUCUUCCUUUGCCUGCAGGGGUCCAACUCAACAACCUCAUGUUUCAGUCCUACGAGAAUUUCCUGGUGCUUGGAGCAGAUAUCCACCGGACCUGAGAGAUCACCACAGGCCCUGGGCCUGGGAGCUCUUCAGCUGCUCCCAAGGGGGCCACUGUACGCACAGGAUAGCCUGCUCCAGGAAUCCUUUAGUCUUUGGCCCUGCCCUCCAGCCCCUGCUCACUUCCCCAAGCUCAGCUCUAGAAGUAACAGAAGCCAGUGGAAGUUGAGCUCAGGAAAAGAGGGAGGCCUGUAUGCCAGGGCUCCACGCCUCCUUCAGCGCCGCCCCUCCAGCACUGGUGUUUCUGCUGGAACUGUGACAUUCCUUUGGGCUUUGCAAAGACACCUGUUUUGUUUCCUGCA